CUGAACUUUUUAUGACUAUUAAUGCCUUUUCGAUAAAUAAACAAAAGUUGUAUUUUGGAUGUUGAUAAAGCAUGUAUAUUUCCAUCGUCCUGGAUUAUUGCUUUCUAUGAACAAGUCCAUCGUAUUUCCAAACUUUGUUCAUUUUAUGUUUUUGCUACUUGUGUUGACAUUUGAACUUUCAAACUUACAGUGUUGGGUGCUUACGAUGGAGAUUAUUUUAUGGAUGCCCUCUGUCACGUGGAGAGAUUCUGGACAAAGCUGGCACACUCAGGGAGAGUUAGUCAAGCGUCACCGGAACCUCCACCAGAACCUCACGUGUUCUUCAUGAAGAAGAUAUGGGUGAAUGCCGAACCUGGACAACACAGGAUGGCUGACUCCAUGUUUCACUUUCCUCAGGAACUGCCAAAUUACCUCCGGGGCUUCCACAAAUUUUCAAAUGUUGACCUUGCUAGAAUGGCGGCCUACAUUUACCGAGGGCAGUUUGGUGAAGAUUUGGCAGGGAUGAUCAACUUUCAUGAAAAUAUCAACGCUCUGAUACCUCGGUCCCACGCCAAGACAAAGUCAGUCGACGAGUGGCGAAAGGCCGUAGAGACAAACCUAAAGCUGACCAAGGACCUUUCUCCGGACAAAGCCAAAGUAGAAUUCCUCAAGACCAUCUGGGCAUGGCCCACUUACGGCAGUGUCUUCUUUGAAGUCAAGCAAAGAAUGAUGAAAACUAUGCCAAAACAUUUGUUACUGGCCGUCAAUCCCAACGGUGUGUUACUGCUGGAUCCCGAGUCUAAGGAUAUUUUGGCCAAUUACGAGUACGGCAAAAUCCCUAACUGGGCCUUCGACGAAUUUUCCUUCACACUCGUUGUUGGCGAGUCGUCAAAUGCCACGAAAAUCUUCUUCGAGACCAGUGUGGGACACAACAUUGAUGACGUUGUGAUGUCGUAUGUGGCAUGGACCAUGAACACACACAUCAAAAAGCGUCCAAAGUACGCAGGUGUGACUGUUGGUGAAUCAAGCUGUUAAACUCAUCAAACUUCAAAAUACUGGAGUCACUAGCUCAAAAGUCUCACAUCAUAAAGAUGAUUAAAAGUUAUAUAUUUGGUUCAACAAAAAGCAAGAUUUCAGAAAUAAAUUCUGACGAAGAAGAUUCACUUUAAUAGGUCAAAGGAUCAGAGGAGAGAUAAUGCAUGGUAAACCAACGUGGAACUUGUAUCUAGAAAUUAUUUUGGUUUAAAUAAUCUAUUACAGGUCCUGAUUUCUUAAAUAUAGCUUCAAGCAUCAAGUACAAAAUACCUAAAUACAAAAUAUUGAUAUACGAAGGAGAUUGUAUCACAUCUCGUUACUCGGGAUAAACUGACAUACGUUUGAUCAUGUGUAUUCAGAGGUUUGUUAGUAUUUAUAUUUCGCAAAUAUAAGUAUGCUAUUGUGGUAAUUUUUUGGGUUUGAUGUCUCAUUAUAUAAUAUUAACCAAAGUAUAUAAAUUUCAAAGGAACUGUACGUCUUUUAUAUUUAGCUUAAAUUCUGCAUCAGAUUAUGAUGGUGGCAUAAGUAAAGUUUUAUUCUACAUAAAGUACACAUUGUAUUAUAAUUUUGGUGGUUUGCAUAAUAGUAUGCGUUUAUUAUCAAUGGAUUGAUUGAGAAGAACAUGUCUGUUUUAUGAUAUAAUAACCAAUAUGUAUGUCUAAUCACCCGUUUACAUAGACACUUUGAAACAGAUACUUGUUUUUGUAUGACAUUUAUUUUAUAACGUUUUUACGAAAACUUGAUGGAUUUACAUCAUAUUGAACAAUUUUUUUUCUUGAAAAUACUAGAAGCUCAAAAGUUCUUUAAAAGACCAAAUGGUAAGUUAAAUUAGGUACGCAAGUUUGUGACACAGAUACCAAGGCUGAUACGAGGAAGAGGUUCGUAAUAACAAGGUGUGGAUUUUUUCCUGUUCAUAUUUAGCUUAAACAGUAUUUAUAUCUGUGUUCAUUUUUUCUUUAAAAUUUUGCAAUCAAUGAUUGAUAUGUAU